AUGGCAGACUAUUCACACCAAUCCAGAUGGCAGACCUCUAACCCAACACCAGCCUCCAGUGCCAGUGUGAGACUAGAGAAGAGAAACAAGCCAGCAGCCCAAGGAGGGAAGGAGUCUCUAGCCCAUAUCCAGCCCUUGUCCAGCCUGCAUCCACCUGGUGUCCAGCCUGCAUCCACCUGGUGUCCAGCCUGCGUCCACCUGGUGUCCAGCCUGUGUCCACCUGGUGUCCAGCCUGUGUCCACCUGGUGUCCAGCCUGUGUCCAGCCCUUGUCCAGCCUGUAUCCACCUGGUGUCCAGCCUGCGUCCACCUGGUGUCCAGCCUGUGUCCACCUGGUGUUCAGCCUAUGUCCAGCCUGUGUCUACCUGGUGUCCAGCCUGUGUCCAGCCUAUGUCCACCUGGUGUCCAGCCCGCAUCCAGCCUGCAUCCACCUGGUGUCCAGCCUGCAUCCAGCCUGUGUGUCCACCUGGUGUCCAUCCUGUGUCCAACCUGUGUCCACCUGGUGUCCAGCCCGUGUCCAGCCUGUGUUCACCUGGUGUCCAGCCUGUGUCCAGCCUGUGUCCACCUGGUGUCCAGCCUGCAUCUACCUGAUGUCCAGCCCAUGUCCACCUGGUGUCCAGCCCAUGUCCAGCCCAUGUCCAGCCUGUGUCCUCCUGGUGUCCAGCUGUGUCCAGCCUGUGUUCAGCCCUUGUCCAGCCUGUGUCUACCUGGUGUCCAGCCCGCAUCCAGCCUGCAUCCACCUGGUGUCCAGCCUGCAUCCAGCCUGUGUCCACCUGGUAUCCAGCCUGUGUCCAGCCUGUGUCCACCUGGUGUCCAGCCCAUGUCCAGCCCGUGUCCAGCCCUUGUCCAGCCUGUAUCCACCUGGUAUCCAGCCUGCAUCCAGCCUGUAUCCACCUGGUAUCCAGCCUGUAUCCACCUGGUGUCCAGCCUGUGUCCAGCCUGCAUCCACCUGGUGUCCAGCCCAUGUCCAACCCUUGUCCAGCCUCUGUCCAGCCUGCAUCCUGCCUGCAUCCACCUGGUGUCCAGCCUGCAUCCAGCCUGCGUCCACCUGGUGUCCAGCCCAUGUCCAGCCCUUGUCCAGCCUCUGUCCAGCCUGUAUCCAGCCUGCAUCCACCUGGUGUCCAGCCUGCAUCCACCUGGUGUCCAGCCUGCAUCCAGCCUGCGUCCACUUGGUGUCCAGCCUGCAUCCACCUGGUGUCUAG